AUGGUGCCGACCUUCCCGGCAUCCACGUGCUCUGGGGAGGAAUCCGUUACUCUGGCUGACAUAGGAGCUGAACCUAGGCGGAUGUCAGCACAGAUGGUCACAAAAGCAGACCUCACCAGGGUCUCUGACACCCUGCAUGCUGCGCUGAAGGCAGAAGUGGCGGGAAUCAGGGCAGACAUCACACGGCACGACGCACGCAUUACUGCCAUGGAGCAACGCAUAGAAAAUGCAGAGGGAAGGCAUAUGGCUACAGAUACCGCAAUUAAACGGCAAGGGGACCUAUUGUUGGCCCUGCGGCGACAAAGGGAAGACUUGGACAACAGGGGUCGCCGCAACAAUAUGCGUGGCAUGCCUGAAGCAGACAGCGCGGGAGAGAACGUGGCGGAAACUCUUACCCAACUUUUCCGCAUUAUCCUCCGUGAGGAGGCCCCAGACCACUUCAGAUUCGACAGGGCGCAUAGGGACCUCAGACCACGGACGGCAGAGGCCGCGUGA